AGCUAGAUACAACUGGAUGGUUUAAGACAUGGUUCUCGUUUGUCUUUGUAUGCUCUUUUUGAAAAAUACAAAUGGCCGACGUCAAGUCGCGUAAAAGAAUUUGUCAGUGUUUGUCAGUGCUUCUAAAAUCUACUUUAUGCGUGUUAUGUAUACGCGAUACAUUUUAACUUAAACAAGAUUUGAUGAACAAUUCAUGUCUAAGUAUUUUCAUUGUUAACAGAGUCAAUUACUGUUAACCUCAAAAUCCCAAACAAAAUGGAGCUUCCGCAGCCGCCACAGGAUCAAGACCUACGUAAUAUAAUAGACAAGCUCGCACAAUUUGUCGCUAGAAAUGGACCGGAAUUUGAAAAGAUGACCAAGACAAAACAAAAAAAUAAUCCCAAGUUUAGCUUUCUCUACGGCGGGGAGUACUUCAACUACUACCAGUACAAAGUGACGACAGAGCAAGCAAUUCUAAAGCAAUCGGCCGGUGGCCAGGCGGCCCCCGCGCCCGCCGGGGCUUAUUCGGCACAGAACAGGCAAUAUGUACUGCCCCAACAGGCCAGCGCGACGCCAGCGCAGUUGGGCCUGGCGGCGUCGAUGGCGGUGGCUCCCGCGCUGCAGCAGUGGCUCGCAGCUAACUCCGCGCCCACAGCCGCGUCGCGCAGCGACUGCGACAGCGUCAAUGCUCAGAUCAACAUACUCAGGGAACAGAUUACUCAGUCGGAAAAUAAUCUUAAUGCCCAACAUACGGUGUUAAUACAGCAACAACAAGCUAAAAUCAAUGAGCUUGUAAGCAAGGCCCAAAUGGAAACUAUUCAGAUAAUGGCGGAAGAAAACAACAUUAGUCUGUCAGAACUUGAUACAAUAUUGCAGCCUAUCAUCGACACUUGUACUAAAGAUAGCAUUUCAAAUGGCAAAGGUUGGAUAUUGCAACAUGCAACAUCGCAUGAUGCGGGAAAAGUGAUAUCACAGCACCUUCUGCGAAAAGUCACUCAACCGGGUGCACCAUUCUCACAAAAGCUUCACAUCAUUUACCUCAUCAAUGAUGUCCUACACCAUUGUGCACGCAAAAACGCUGAAGAUCUCAAGAAAAAUUUGGAAAAUGUGGUGGUUCCAAUGUUUUGCAAUGCCAGUAUAGCCGUUACCGAAGAGCAGGAGGGUAAAUUGAACAAGCUGCUUCGUCUCUGGGAAUCUAAGUCGAACUACUUCGACGCGGCGGUCAUUUUAAAAAUGAAGAGCCCGACUAGUUCCUAUCAAGAGUAUCAAAACAACCUGAUCGCCCAGCACUCUAAUGCCAUUGCACAUUUGACGCAACAGACAAAAUCCACAUUCGAAAACUACCAAACACAACAUCAAGCGUUUGUCGCCCACACAAUGCAACAAAUACAACAGAUGGAGAUGCAGAAACAAGCACUGGAACUUAACAACCAGGAGCUCAACAAAGACAAUCAACAACAGAACAACGUGCAACCACCAUUUCCAAACAACAAUUUUAAUGAUCAGAGUUACCAACAGCAUACCCACUCUGGGUACGACCAGAACUUUAAUUCUGGUCACCAACAGUAUGGGAGCGAGAGUGGCGAAAACUAUCCUUCCAAUAAUAGUAUAAGCGGCAACGAAAAUAGCUACGACAGUCAAACAUUCGAUCAAAUCACAACUCAAAAGAAGCAAGAAAGCACAGAAGAGCCUGAUCUAUCACAUCUCCCAAACGUAAACUUCUCGCAACCUCCCCCUGGCUUUGAACCGCAAGAAUCUACAGUGGCGUUAUUCCAAAACGGUCUUCCAGAUCUAACCAAACCACCACCUGGAUUUCUUCCAUUCCCCGAUAUUAACAAUGAAGAUUUAAUGCCGUCUGUACCUUAUUUCGAAUUGCCAGCGGGCUUAAUGGUACCACUCAUUAUGCUGGAGGACGACAAAUACAAACCAUUAGACCCCGCAAAGAUCCGUUUACCACCUCCGGCGCCGCCUAACGAAAGACUACUCGCAGCUGUUGAUGCAUUCUAUGCCUCACCUAAUCACGAACGGCCCAGGGACAACGAGGGUUGGGAAAAACUAGGUUUAUAUGAAUAUUACAAGGCGAAAAACGCGGCCCGAAAGAACAAAGAAGACGCAAUCGCGCAAGGUUUGAGACAGAAAUCAAAAUCACCGAGCCCCAUACCUAAAGACUUACAGAAACAACCCACGCCGCCUGGCCGAAGAUAUAGGUCGCUUAGUAAAUCGCCGGAAAAGACUGAACCGAAGAAGUCCAAAUCGCGAUCGCCUUCGCCAAGAAGAAAAGCAACAUGGAGAGGACGAGACAGGGACAGAGAGAGUAAGCCUAGUCGCAGAAGAUCUCGGUCCCGAUCGCGAUCUCGUUCGCGAAGUCGAUCCCGAGAGCGAGCUGAGAGGCAUGCGGCUCGCGAACCCUCACCGCCGCGGUCGAGACGCGUCGAACGUUCUAGAUCGCCUACACCGCCCAGUUUUCUGGGUGGCGGAUUUGCCGGUCCGUCGCAACAGACAAUAGACUCCACCAACAAAGGUCACCAGCUAUUACAAAAGAUGGGGUGGAGUGCAGGUGGACUGGGAGCAGCGGGGCAGGGCAUAGCAGAGCCUAUCAGUGGCGGUACUGUUCGUGACAAGCAGGACCAAUACAAAGGUGUAGGAGUGAAUUUGAAUGACCCUUAUGAAAACUUCCGUAAGAACAAAGGUGCAGCAUUUAUUACAAGAAUGAAGGAGAGAGCACUGGAGCGGUCAACGUGAUUGCUGUAAAAAGACACUUGGGAUGAAAACAUGUACAAUUGAAAUUGCGUGAAUGAGAUAUGAUUUAUUUUAUCUAAAUCAUCUUAAUAAAGCUAUAUGAAUUUUGCUUUA